AUGCUAGCUGCCGCGGCCAGCACUCAGGCCACUGUGUACCAGUUGCUGAGUCGCCUGCAGACGUACAAAACCUUUCAGCCCUUUCUUUCCGCCCCGGCGCCGUACAGAGACAAUUCCUUCGUGCAGGACCGCUGCUUUAGCGGCAUUAGCGGACUCCCGCUCGGUAGAGGCUCCACAGCGACGGUGGACACGAGCCAGCUCUGGCAGAUGGUAGACAGGGUCCUCGACACAUCGGUGGCACAACUGCUCCAGCACAACGCUGAGGGCCACUUCAUCAUGACCCUGAAGUCGACGCUUGGGUUGGAAGCGCCGAGCUCUAUAGCGAAGCUUGGUACCGUCAUUCAAAGUCGCAAGGCGACGACACCCGCGAUCCAUGACGUAGCGGGUGAGUCGACAGGCGUGGAGCGCCCGAUUCCCGGCGGCCCGUGUCCGCCGACGCCGCCGCCCAGGUUGCACAAAGCUGCAGCCACGUCGCCUUUUACACCCCUGAGCGCUUUGGUCGAUCGCUGGGCCGUCGACCACCCUUCCGCGACGGCGGCCGAGGUCGAGGAGCAGCGCCGUGCGUGGGAGGUCUUUGACCAGCAGCGACAGCGCACAGGCCAUUCCUUCUACCUCCAGGCUAUGCAGGAGCAACUGGACAUUCUGCAGGCGGAGCAGGCAAGGAAUGCUACUCACUCCAUGCACUCGUACCGAAGCCGCGGCGACACCCCACUCUGGCAUCGUCUGGACAUGAGCAGCUUCGGCGGCUCGGGGGACGUGCUUGGUACCUUUCCAUGUGGUCACAAGGGACAUGGCGCAGCAGCUCAAGCAAGCGAGGACGAGGACAGCGCAGCCAAGGCUGAGGCGGAGAAACAACGAGCGCUGUGGCAUGCCUUUCGUGGUGGUCUUCUUCUGGGCAUGGGAGCUUCCAAGGUGCCUCAUGAGACGGUUCUGAACGACCUUCCAGUUGUGAGCGGUUACCUGGAAAGUACUGACCUCCACGACUGGCUACACUCUUCAUGGGCGCACCGCACGCACCGACACGAGAGCGCCGCUCUGCGUAUUCAAUGCGCCUAUCGAGUAUACCGGGCGCGGUCUGAGGUGCGAGGGCUGCGAUACGAACGGCGGCAAGCCUUUUUGGUCAGCCUCAGCGCCGAACGUGAGUCUCGGCGUGUGUGGGACGUUGCGUUGCAAGUGCAGACCGAGGCCACCGCGACAGCUAGUGGUGCCGACAGCACAUUGGAGGCAUUGCAGUUUUUCAUCAACAAGGUGAACGCCGUCGUGGCGAAGCGCCGUGCUCGCAAACUGUAUCAGCAGCAGCAGGAUGCUGAGAUACACAACUACGCUGCUACGCGCAUACAGGCCUUGUAUCGAGGGCACUGCACGCGUGUCUUCAUCGCGGAGCUGCGGCAUCCUGAGGUAGCGUCGCAUCGGGAGAGGCUGCGGUGCGAAAAGUGUGCGACACUGAUCCAGACGUGCUGGCGACGCUACGCCGCACAGCGUCAAUGGUGGCGCGCGCGGCGUGCAGCGGGUGUGCUGCAUAGGAUGUAUAGAUGCCGUGUAGCACGGCGAAAGCUGGCGGAGAGACGUUACGAACGCAACCUGGCAGCGGCAAAAGAGCUGAAGAAGUUCGCUGCACACCGCAUCGAACGGUGGUACGCACUGCGCCUCGCUGUGCGUAACGCCAUCGCUGGUGCGCAUAUGGCGGAGCUACUCAUGCUGCAGCGGGUGUGUCGCGGCUAUCAAGGCAGGCGACACACUCAAGAGGCAACGCGACUAUCACGCCUCCGAUUUGCUGUGCACAUUAUCGAGCAGCAUCGCCGGCGUGUGAUGAGUGUUCGCGAGGCGAUUGCACGGUGGGGGGCGCUGAAGGAAAUCAGCGUGGCCAAGCGUACUGCGUCGAUGCGAGACGAUGCCGCCGUGACGAUCCAACGCGCAUGGCGACGACAGCGCGUGUUGCAUGUCUACUAA